UCUGGGAAGAUUUUGGAGGGAAGAAGAAGUAGAUGAUGAAGCAACAAUCCGCUCCCAAACAAGCUCUCAGGCAAUUACCCGAUGUCUUCUCCCUCUGGUUGUUCCUCUCCCAUUCACGAUUGCGCCGCCGCCGAGGCUAUUGACCUUGAAGCUAGUUGUUUAGGAGGUGAGUUUCAAUCUCACCGUAAAUUGGACUUCAAAGAUGACGGUGACUUACUUGAGAUUAAUGUUGUCUCUGGAGAUGAAGGUGAGCCGACUGAGUUUCAAAAUUCAACACCUACAAUGAAUCACAUCGAUUCGAUUCACUCCAGAAUUGCAAAAGAAUCAAUCCCACAACUUGACAUGGAAUUUGGGACUGAAGAAACCGCCUAUCAAUUUUAUAAUGGUUAUGCAUAUAAGGCUGGUUUUAGUAUCCGUAGAAGCAAAGAACACAAAGAUAAGAGUGGUCAAAUCACUUCAAGGACUUUUUGUUGCUCUUGUGAAGGUAAGCGGAGAAAGGAUAAACGCGAUCCCAAUGUCAAAAUUCAUCGUCCAGAUACGAGGUUUGGGUGUUUGGCCAAAAUGAAAAUCAGAUAUUGUCGAGUGUCUCAAAAGUAUAUCAUCUUUGAGUUUGGUGCUAUGCAUACCCAUACGCUGUGCACUCCUAGCAAGUCCCACUUAUUUAAGUCGCAUAGGAAAUUUGCUCCAGCCCAAGCCCUUGAAGCAGAUAUGGCUAACGAUUCAGGUAUAGCACCAAAAGCAAUAAUGGACUUUAUGGCUAAGCAAUUUGGUGGGCGAGAAAGUCUAGGAUUUAUCCCUCAGGAUUACAAAAAUUAUUUGCGCUCCAAACGAAGCGUACAAAUGAAGAUGGGUGAUACUGGUGGUGUAUUAGAAUACUUGCAGAAAAUGCAAUUAGAAGACCCUAAUUUUUUUAUGCCAUUCAAGUAGACUAGGAUGACUUGAUAACAAAUAUCUUCUGGGCCGAUGCAAAAAUGAUGGCAGAUUAUGGUCAUUUUGGAGAUGUGGUUGUUUUGAUACAACGUACAGGAAACAUAAAGACGGUAGGCCUUUUGCAAUGUUUGUUGGGGUUAACCAUCACAAACAAACCACUAUUUUUGGAGCUGCCUUACUAUAUGAUGAAACCGCUGACACUUUUAGUUGGUUAUUCGAUACUUUUUGUACGACAAUGAAUGGGAAAAAGCCAAAAACUAUCCUUACAGAUCAAGAUGCUGCAAUGGCGAAGGCACUAGGUGGUCGAUGGCCGGAAACAGUACGCCGUUUAUGUAUUUGGCAUAUCUUUCAGAAUGCAGCUAAACAACUUAGUGGUGUAUAUGCAGAAUUUAAAGAAUUUGCAAAGGAUUUCAGCAGUUGCGUAUAUGACUACGAAGAGGAAGAUGAUUUUAUCAUUGCUUGGAACCAGAUGCUUGAAAAAUAUGGGCUUGAAGAUAAUGAUUGGUUGAGACGGAUGUAUGGCAUUAAGGAAAAAUGGGCUUUAGUUUAUGGAAGAAACACAUUUUGUGGAGAUAUGACCACUACGCAACGUAGUGAAAGUAUGAACGGUGUCCUUAAAAAAUAUGCCAACUACAAGCAUGAUUUGCUCCAAUUUUUCCAUCAUUUUCAGAGGUUAAUAGAUGAUCGCCGAUAUGAGGAGUUAAAAGCUGAUUUUAGAGCAACUCAAAGUACCCCAUGUUUAUCCUUUCCAGUGCUAAUUUUGCAGCAUGCAGCAGAUGUAUUCACCCCAGAAGUGUUUAAAUUGUUAAAUGCUGAGUUGUGCAAGGCUUGGGACUGCGACAUGGAUCAAUGUAGUGAGGAUGGAACGGUGACUACAUAUAAGAUCACACCUCUCGGCAAGUCUCGUCACCACAUAGUUACAUAUGACUCAAUAGAAGGUACAGUGCCAUGUAGUUGUAAGAAAUUCGAAUUCGAAAGAAUACUCUGUGCACAUGCUCUCAAAGUUUUAGGUUCAAAAAAUGUUGUGACGAUACCAGACCAAUAUAUUUUGAAGAGGUGGACCAUGAAUGCAAAAUCUGGGAAUAAAACAACCACUUCGGCAAGUUCAAUCCAAGAUGACCCAAAGGCAAUGAUGGGAAUACGAUACAAGGAGUUGUGUUGGUUGCAUACACAUUUGGCAACAAGAGCUGCUGAAAAUGAAAAGGCAUAUGAAAUUGCUUUAGAUGGGCUUCACAAUAUAUUGGAAGAAGUGGAAACAAUUCUAGGAAGGGUUGAAAUUCAUCUAACUUCUCUCAAAACCUCACAUGUCCAAAAUGAUGUGGUUGAGGAUGAUGCAAUCAUACAUGAUGAAGGCGCUGGCAACCAAGUUAAAGGAUUAAAAGUUAAAAAGAGAGCUAAUGGCGAGUCUAGCAAAAGGCCGAGGAGUGCUUUGGAGAAGGCUACUAGGAACAAAAGAAAGCCGCAAGCGAAGCCAUCCUCAAAUGGAGCUAACUCUAUCAAUGGACCCGUGGGACAAACAAUGUUCGUUUCCCCGCAAUACUUCACACAGGUAUCGCUAUUGCUCCGAAAAAAUUAGUCUUUUCAACCCUCCUGAUUCAUUUUGAUUGUAAAUUCUAC